AUGUCGGCGCUCUAUUUCAAAAAACUGCGACAAAAGCAGAACCCUGAGGCGUCGAGCAGUGACGACUCGGAUUCGGACGUCGAAAUCGAGGCGAAAAAGCCGAGAAACGUACGAAAUUGGCAAUUUUUCGCCGACAAUCUAGUUUUUCAGCAAAAAGCGCCAGUUGUCGCUGACGACGACGACUUGUUCGUUAUUGAUCGGACCGGAGGCGAUGAGGCGCCGAAAGAAGCGCAUUUCGACGCGGCCGAUCUGCUGGGAACGCAGUUUUUGGAGCCCUACGAGAUGGACAAGGAUUUGCAGGAACUUUUGGAGAAAUCCGUCGUCGGACCCAAGUUCGAGAACAAUUUCCAGCCGCAGACAAGGCUUUUAGGCCGAAAUGCGGCCGCGCGUCUCAAAAAAGUGAGAUUUUUGACAAUUUUUUCGAAAAAUGUUAAAGAACAUUCAAAUUUUUUUACAGGCUGAGCGAGAAAAGACAAAAGGAGCGAAUUGGUUCAAUCUACCGGCCACUGAGCUCACCGACGAGGCGAAAAGGGAUCUCGAAUUGCUCCAGAUGAGAAGCACGCUCGAUCCGCUGGCCCACUAUCGAAGAAACGACCGUGCCGUGCUUCCCAAAUACUUCCAGGUGAGAAAAUGCUGAAAAAAACGUGAAAAUUUGGCGUAAAACUCAGACAGCUCACGAAAACACGAUAAUUUUGCAGGUGGGACGUGUCGUCGACGCUCCAGAAGACUUCUACUCGAGUCGAAUGCUCAAAAAAGAGCGGAAGAAGACGAUGGUCGACGAGUUGUUGCACAACGAGGAGUCGUUGAGCAAGGCUAAGAAAAAGUGCGUAUCUUGGGACGAAAUUAGGGCUUUUUUUUUUUUGAGGAAACUGAAAUUCUCUUGCAGAUACGCUGAAAUUCGUGAAAAGGAGCAGAAAAAGCGACGUGGCGCGUUCCAGCGCUUUGGAAAUCGCAAAUCGCACAAGCAGCAGCGAGAGGCAAAGAUGAAGAACAAACGGAAAUAA